GCUAACAAAAAGCUCUUAGGAGCUAAAGACGAGAGAGUCUUCAAUCGGGUGUUGUCUGCACUUCCACCGCUGUAAGAACGGAAAUAAUAAAAGCAGGUUAAAACUUGUACCCAUGUCAAGUCAAAAGAAGUCGAAGAGCAGCCCUAUGAGGCCUACAGUGAGGCCUAUCAGUGUGGGCAUAAAUGGUACUGAGAUAAAAUUGUUGCCGAUUACAAAUUGCUCCAUUGGGACUAGUGCCCACACAUUGGGCAUCUCUGCCUCUCCUUUGCCAUUUGGAGCAUCAGAUCCAGGAGCGCUGCCUGAGAACAAGCACAGCAGCAUUGCCCUGGGUAAGCAAUAUGAGGAGAAGGUGCGGCCCUGUAUUGACCUGAUCGACUCCCUGCGGUCUCUCGGAGUGGAGAAAGACCUGGGCCUACCAGCCAUCGCUGUCAUCGGAGACCAGAGCUCGGGGAAGAGCUCUGUGCUGGAGGCUCUGUCAGGAGUAGCCCUGCCCAGGGGGAGUGGGAUUGUAACACGGUGUCCCCUGGUGCUGAAACUCAAGAAAGUGAAAGUAGGCCAGCCAUGGAAGGGAAGACUCACAUAUAAAGAAUCAGAUGUUGAACUGAAAAGCCCAUCAGAGGUGGAGAAAGAAGUUUCCACAGCCCAAAACGUCAUUGCUGGCAACGGGGUUGGGAUCAGUGAUGAAAUGAUCAAUCUGGAGAUUCAGUCGAGUGAUGUUCCUGAUCUGACACUAAUUGACCUUCCUGGGAUUGCCCGAGUAGCUAUCAAGGACCAACCCAGAGACAUAGGAGACCGGAUUAAGGGAAUGAUCCGCAGGUUCAUACAAAAACAAGAGACCAUUAAUCUGGUGGUGGUGCCUUGUACUGCUGACAUUGCGACCACAGAGGCUUUGAAGAUGGCAAAGGAAGUGGACCCAUUAGGGGAGAGGACACUGGGGAUCCUUACCAAGCCAGAUUUGGUUGAUGAGGGCACUGAAGAAAAUAUUAUCAGUAUUGUCCAUAAUAUAGUCAUUCCUCUGAAGAAGGGUUACAUGAUUGUGAAGUGCCGUGGUCAGAAAGAUAUCAAUGAACAACAGACACUGGCGGAUGCAAUCGAGAAAGAAAAGGCUUUCUUUGAGGAUCACCCUCAUUUCAGGUCACUUUUGGAUUCCAAGAAAGCUACGAUUCAUUUUCUGGCUGAAAGGCUGACUAAGGAGCUUGUGGAGCACAUUAGUAAAUCUCUCCCUCACCUGCAAUAUCAGAUUGAACAGAAACUUCUGAAGACAACCAACGAUCUUAAGAAGGUUGGAGAGGGAGCCCCACAGGAUGAGAAACAGUUGCUGACUUUCUUGAUUGAGAAAAUUCGGAGAUUCAACGAUGCUCUGUCGGAAGUCACCCGGGCCGAGGAAAGUGUGGAGCCUGAAGAAGGCCGGCUUUUCACCAAAAUCCGAAAAGAAUUUGUGAAGUGGAAACAGCACCUGGACAAAAAGGCCAACAAAUUGGAAGAUCACCUGCGGGAUGAGGUGGAGGAAUAUUCCAGGACAUACAGGGGCAGGGAGCUUCCUGGGUUUGUGAACUAUAAGACAUUUGAGGUCAUUGUGAAGCAGCACAUUGAAGACACGAAGGAGCCUGCUCUCCAUGUCUUGAAAAAUGUUACAGAAAUCAUCCAUUCUGCUAUUACCACCUUUGCCACCAAUCACUUUCAGGCUUUUCCAAAUCUGUUGAGAGCUACAAAGGUCUAUGUUGAAGACCUACGGGAACAUGAGGAAAAGAUAUCUAUUGAAAUGGUGCGGCACCAGUUUGAAAUGGAGAAAAUGGUCUAUUCCCAAGACUGUCUCUACAGCUAUGAACUAAACACAACCAAACGUAAACCCGUCUUCCCUUCAACAAACGCUGACCUUCGGGAGAUGGCUUAUCACGUCAAUGCUUACUUUAAGGUAGAGAAUAUUGCCUCUGAUCGUCUGGCCAACCAGAUUCCACUGAUCAUCCAAUUCCACAUGAUGGAGCAGUACAUCAACAGGCUGCAGACGUCCAUGCUGGCGCUGAUUGGGAACAAUGGAGAAACCAAAAUGGCCAGGCUGCUUUAUGAGAAUAAAGACAUCACCGACUCUAGGCUUGCUCUUCAGAACCGCAUAGAGCGCCUCAGAAAAGCUCAGCAACACCUCUCCAAAUAUGUAGUCAUUUUUUGAAGCCUGAAGCAUAACCACUCCAAUCUGUUAUGUACCAUUACAAGGAAAAAUGUUCUGCUGUCAUUUAAUAUUUCCUAUUGCUUUUAAUUAUUAAGUGUAGCAACAUUUAAACUACAUAAUAGUCUAAUGUAUUUCAGAGAAUUAAAAAUGUGAACGUUUUGUAACUCUUAAUGUGACUGCAAAGAUCUUAAGAUGUAAAAUAUUACUUGAUGUUUUUUCCUCUUGUAUUCCUCUAACUCAUUGCUUCUUAGGAAAGAAGAGCCUGGCAUUCUUAGCAUUAAUAAUGUUCUUUAUAGAUGUUUUGGAAUAAAGGGGGACCUUCCUCUUUCAAUCUCGUUUUUUCUCCUAGGAGCAGAAGAACAGAUAAGUGUGCAAGUUUCUGUGAGUAAAAGUUUCUCUGAAUUUCUGGAAAGUUCUGGAUGUUAGCAGCAAUAAAUUUAUUUUAUUGC